UGAUCCAGUAAAAGUUGGUGACACACGUAGAGGACAGUCCUUCAUCCAGAAAAGGAUAUUUGCACUUAAUAGUUAAAUUGUAUUCCUUUAAUCCACAGUGGUUUUUGCACCCAACAUUUCAAACAUGAAAUAAUUUCAAAUACCAUAAAUCCUCACACCUAUAUUUACUGUCAUAUUUGUCUUUCAUUUAUAGUCAACUUUGGACUAAAAUCCAAGAAAAGCGUUCCACCAGGCCCUUUUCCUAAAGCCAGAGGGAAUAUGCUGGAUGAUGACAUCGAGAAGCGGGUGCUUGUCAAUAAAGAUGGUAGCUUGUCAAUGGAGAUGAAAGUACGGUUUCGACUGCUAAAUGACGAGACAUUGCACUGCUCUACUGAAAUUAAGAAAUCCUCAUGCACUUUUAAUGUGUCCUUUCCGGGACAAGACAAUGUGUACUAUCCCCAAUGUGGCCAUGGUGAAAGUUGUUCAGAGGCAGAGUCCCUGUCUGCUAGUGAAGCUGAUGAUGUUUACAUUACCAAACUUUACCAGAAGCAUUUGGAGGCGCCACACUGUCAACACUGCUGCACUCACUGUCAGGAGUAUGACAUUUGGAAAAAUCCAGCCCAUAGUGAACAGGAAUCUCUGAGACACAUUGGGUCCACUAGCUCAAGUGCACCAUCACAUAAAAUAAAAUGCAAAAAGGGAUCUGUCGACAGUGUGCAUACCACGUCAUGUGAGGAAUACACUGAGCAGGUAGUAGAAAAGGCAACCUGCAUUCAGCAGACUGUUGGGGAGGGGGACAAGGGUGACACCACAGUUCAAUACUGUACCAUUAGUCGUUGCUCUAGUCGUAGUGAAGUGUAUUCAGUUUCUGCAAAGGCAAAGAAAGCAGGCUAUACUGAUGAGAAGUAUGGAAAAAAUGAAAGCAUUCAUGGAUUUGCUGAAGAGGAGAAAAGACCUGUUCCAUCUAAAGAUUUAAAGCAAGAUCAGAUGAGUGUCCCGAUUACCCAGGUUUCAACAGAAGAUGAAAGGCCUUUAUCAGUUGAAACCAAUUCCUCAGAUAUCCUGGCAUCUCUUAAAGAGGAUGAAGAUAAUGAGGAAACUGAUCUCUCUCCAAGUAAUUCCAGAGCAUCCCAAAGUAGUAAGGAGAAUGAUGAACAAACCAAAAAUGCUGUAGUGAGCUCAUAUUCAUUCAUACCUUGUAAGCCACUGGGAUCUCCAAAGCAGUCAUUAUCACAUAGGACAUCAAGCACCGCUUCAUGUUGUUCGGUGAAAUCAAAAACCCUCAGAAAGUUUGUAGUCACAGAAACACAGGAAAAUGUGAACCGAGAUAAAAACAAUACACCGUCAUCUACACCACAUAGGUGUCAACAUAAAGAAUCAACAGAUGACACAACUGAAGAGAAAUUGGAGGCAAUUAAUCAAUCAGAAGAUAUCUUAGAUGAAACUGAUGUCCUUGAUACAGAAACUGACGUGAGAGCUCAAAAAUCAGUAUCUGAUUUGUCAAAAACAUGUGAUGAUACUUCAGAUUAUACUAUAGAACGUUCUCAAACAAAUGAAAAGGGAAGAUCAAGUGCCAUGUCUACACCACCAAAUCCACAUGCAGACUUAACUAUAUCCAAUACUUGUGUUGUAACUGAACAAGAAUUUGGGAAUUUGAAAGAUCCAACUGUAGGACAUGCAAAAAACAAAACUGAAGAAUCAGCUGACGUCACUCAUGAAGAGAAAGUAGCAAUUGCCAUGUCACCUAAAUCAAAUGUUUCAGCAAGAUCAAGCAGGUCCAGAUUGUCAGAGGUGGCAUGUAAAGAAAGAAAGACAGCUGAACUACAAAAAGGGGAAAGUGCCCAGAGUGUAAUGUCUGUACAUUCCAAUGCAUCUACAAUCUCAAAACAGUCAACAGUUUCAGAACUACUAGAUAAUGAGACUGAAGACCAGACAGAGGAGGUAAUGCCUUGUGCGUUGUCAAAGAUAUCAAGAUCAUCAAAAAUGUCAGACCUGGAGACCUCUGAGUUAAGAGAAAUGGAAGACCAAAUAGAAGACAGAUCUCCUAGCAUCAUGUUUGUAAAAUCUAGUAUAUCAGAAUCCACUCCUGUAAAACUUGUGAAAGUACAGUCGUCUGAAAGUCUAACAAGUUCUUUGUCAACCAACAUAUCAGUUGAAUCAAUAACAUCAAAAAUAUCAGAAGGAACACCAGUAGACAUGGAUAAUAGACUGUUAAUGGAGCGAGUACCAACUGCCAUGUCUGCUAAAUCUGAUGUUUCUAUAAAAUCUAAAACAUCAAAUAUUUUGGACAUCAGCCCUCAUGAUAGUAAUGUAGCAGAAGAGGCAACAGAGGACCGUGCUCCAAGCACAAAGUCAAAUAAGUCCAAUACCUCAUCAAGGUCAAAUGCAUCAAAGAUUUCACUAGUGGCCACAGAAGAAGCAGAUGUUGUAGAGGAGAAAAGGUUAAAAAGACCCUCAAGUGUCAUGUCUUCUAAAUCUGAUGUUUCUGUAAAAUCUAAAACAUCAAAUAUUUUGGACAUCAGCCCUCAUGAUAGUAAUGUAGUAGAAGAGGCAACAGAGGACCGUGCUCCAAGCGCAAAGUCAAAUAAGUCCAAUACCUCAUCAAGGUCAAAUGCAUCAAAGAUUUCACUAGUGGCCCCUGAAGAAGCAGAUGUUGUAGAGGAGAAAAGGUUAAAAAGACCCUCAAGUGUCAUGUCCUCUAAAUCUGAUGUUUCUGUAAAAUCUAAAACAUCAAAUAUUUUGGACAUCAGCCCUCAUGAUAGUAAUGUAGUAGAAGAGGCACCAGAGGACCGUGCUCCAAGCGCAAAGUCCAAUAAGUCCAAUACCUCAUCAAGGUCAAAUGCAUCGAAGAUUUCACUAGUGGCCCCUGAAGAAGCAGAUGUUGUAGAGGAGAAAAGGUUAAAAAGACCCUCAAGUGUCAUGUCUUCUAAAUCUGAUGUUUCUGUAAAAUCUAAAACAUCAAAUAUUUUGGACAUCAGCCCUCAUGAUAGUAAUGUAGUAGAAGAGGCACCAGAGGACCGUGCUCCAAGCGCAAAGUCCAAUAAGUCCAAUACCUCAUCAAGGUCAAAUGCAUCGAAGAUUUCACUAGUGGCCCCUGAAGAAGCAGAUGUUGUAGAGGAGAAAAGGUUAAAAAGCCCCUCAAGUGUCAGGUCUUCUAAAUCUGCUGCUUCUCUAAGAUCAACAAAAUCCAAACUGAGAGAUGAAAAAGAUGAUAUUACAGCUGAAAAGACAGAGCAAUUGCAAGACAGAUACAUAACAAGGGUUAUGCCUUCUAAACCCAGUGAUUCAGAACUAUCUAAGAAAACUAAAACUUUUGAGGCUACACUGGACAAGUCUGGUGAUUUUGAAGACAACUCAGAAGAGCAGGCUCCUAGCACAAUGGCCACGAUGUCAAAUACCCCUACAAAAUCAAACAAGUCAGAAAUGUUAGAAAUGGGUAUGGGGGAAAAAGAGGAAAGACCUCUAACUGCAACAUCUUCAAAAUCCAAAAAAUCAGAAAAAUGUAUGAUUUCAGAAGCAGUACAAGCAUGUGACCAUUCAGAAGAGAGACCAGCAGGCAUUAUAUCCAGUACAUCAGUUAAAUCUAAGAGGUCAGUAGUUUCUGAUGCCCCAUGUGAACAUGAGGAGGAAGAAACAAAACAAACUGGUAGAAAAUCUCAAAAUGCAUUGUCAGUAAGAUCUCAAAGAUCUAGAGAGUCAAAAGCAUCAGAGGCUUCUAGAACAAACACUGGCAAUGAAGACAAUAGAGAACGAGCACAAAGCGCCAUGUCUUGUAUAUCCAUUCUUUCAGAUAGAUCUAACCUUGCACCUGAUGGGGUAGAUAAUACAGGAUCAACUGAAGAUUUACUUAAGGAAACUGAAAGUGCAUAUGAGGAAACAAAAGAUGACAGGGCUGCAAGUGCUAUGUCUUCUAAAUCUCAAAUGUCCUCUCUAUCCAACAAGUCCAAAGACGUAACCCAGGAAAGAGCACCAACCUCUAUGUCAGAAAAAUCUAAGGUUUCUAUAAAACCUAAAAACUCAAAGAUGGACCAAUCUAAGGAUGAAGGUGAAGAAAAGCAUGAAAGAAUUUCCAUUUCAGCUUCACCCAACUUCAGUAUGUCUGCAAGAUCUAAAAAGAAUGAAUCUUUAGCAGUUGUAUCUCCUGCAGAAAUGGAAAAUCAACAUACAGAGAGAACUCUAAGUGCCAUGUCUGGAAAAUCAAAUACAUCUAAAACAUCAAAGAAAAAGAAGGAAGAAUUGGUAGAAAGAUCUCCUAGUGCACUCUCUGCUAAAUCUAACACCUCAGUCAGAUCAAAGGAGUCAGAUACACAAUCAAACAGGCCAAUGGACAAAAUACAUCAUAUCACCAUUUCUCCUAAAUCUAGUACUUCUGCCAAAGAUGAAAAACUUGACUUUUCUAUAAUAUCAAAUAAUUCUCCAAAGGUUGAUGUCAAAUCUGAGAAAACCUGGGAUAUGUCUGACAUGUCUCCCAAAUCCAGUGUAUCAUCUAGAUCGGUGAAAUCUAAUAUUUCAGCUUUGGAUGGUGGACAGACUGUCGGUGUAAGUUUGAAUGAAAAAUCUGAUAGUGUGCUGUCUGGUUUAAAGAUAUCUAUGACAGAAAACUUAAAUAAUGCUUAUAAUGAAGGGAGGGCUUCCAGUGCUUUGUCUAAAAAAUCUAAUACCAGUUCAGUGCACCACACUUCUGAAAGAGUUUUAACUCCAGCAAGCACUUCAGUAUCCAUUGGGAUUGUAGAUGAAUAUGAUGUUGAUUAUGCUGAAGAGGACAACAGUGUUUCUCUGGCCUCAGUAAAUUCUACUCCACAAUUAAAGUCAAAAACUGAUGUGUAUUGCAAAGAUUCAUCAAAAAUGAUUGAAAACAAAAAUCAGCAAUGCAUGCAAACACCAGAUGACAGAGCUAAAAGUUCAUUGACAGCAGAGACAAUUGUCUCAGACAAAUCCAAGGAAUCUGAAUGUACUCACAAGAACUGUUCCCAGCCAGUAACAGACAAUGAGAUGGCAAACAAUAAAUCUAUAAAAAAGAACACAAAGAAAUCUUCCAGUCGCAGUUUGUGUAGCAGGUCUGCUCAUUCAGAUUUUGAUUCAUCUAAAACUAAAGACAGAAAUUCUCCAGCAGUGACUGACAGACCAAAAAGUAAUAUGUCCAAUACAAUGUUACAUUUGGAAGUAAAUGGACAAAGUGCUAAUGCUAAAUGUAACAGUGUAGGUGAGCGUUCAAAAAGCAAUCUAUCAAGUGAUGAGGAAGAGAUUUCAAGGCUGCAUUCAACAGCUGUGCUUAUUACCUCAGUUUCAACAGAUAACGAGCCUGUUAUUUCCGUUGAUGUCUCUAAUCGUCGAUCAUCUCCCUCAAAUGAAAAUGCCAACAAAUUGAAUACAACCAGAGAUUUAAAUGUAUGUGGUAGAACCUGUAAUGGGUCCUUGGUUUCUACAGAUUGUAGUAGGGACGUCAGUGAUAACAAAAGUGAAAAAAACAGUAACUCCAGUUGCAGACACAGCAGCAGCUCUAUGACACAGGAGGUAGAUAAUAACUCCUCUGAGUUAGUCCCAUCUAUCUUACCUAGCUCUUCUCCUACUGAAGUAGUGAAUGAAUGGUUGAAGAAAAUUCCACUAGAUAGUGAUUUAUAUGAUGUUGGGGAUGAAUUCCAUGAGAACUGUGAGGAAGAAGAACUAUUAAAGAUGUCAGGAAAAGUGACACAGUAUGAAAGAGGGAAGGGAAGUGAGGGAGAUACUGAUGCAGCUGUGCUCAGGCCACAAAAUGAACAACUAGGAGUUGAAGAAAUUGAGAAUAAUGAGAGCAAAGUAGGUGACGUGAAGGAAACUGCCAAAGACGUGGCGGUUGUAGAAAACAUUCAACCCUGCACUUUUCCUGAUGUCCCUUCUUCUGUCCAACUUAUGAGAAUUUUACUUAGUCCCAAACUUGACAGAUGUAAUAGUUUACCAGAGGUAUCUCCUGUGUAUGGAAGAAAACUUAGCACGUCAGCAAGAGGAUUUUUAGACAGCCUUGUAAACCUUCAGUUGCUAGAUUUGGAUCCGAAUGAUGUAAAUGGCAAAGCUGAAAAGUACAAUGAUCUCAUGGACACGCUUCAGUCCCUUUGGCUUUGUGACACUUCUGACAGAGUGGCCAUCACACAGAAAAGCAAAUUUAACAAUCAACAGUUUAAGGAUGAAGAAUUCAAUGUCAAGCCAUCCUCAGGGGUAGAUAUUACCAGUAGCUCCCAAGACUCUGGAACAAGCAGUGUUAAUGAGAGCACAGUGACUCAAAAAUCUCGAACAAAUAUAGAGGGUGAAGACAUUGAGAUACUGACAAAGGUACAUGAGAUUGAUAAAACAGAGACAGUUUUUGAAGGGAUAGAAACGAAAUCUGAUUCAGCUACCCCAGAUAUUGCAAGUCGGGUCCAGUGGACACCAGAGAAUGAGGCAGAAGAAAAUUUGCAAGACAGCAACAUUCUUUCAGCUGUCUCAGAUUUCACAAUAAGAAACGAUUAUAGUCCAAGAGAACCACCUGACACAGUAUCCAUAUCAAACAAGAGCUCUGGAAAUGACAGUAAUGCUAAUCAAAAGCUAACUGAUCAUGAGGAAGACACAAGUUCAGAAUCCCCAUCAUUAGAGCAAAUGGCUCAGUUAACAGAAAAGGUUUCACAAGAUCCUGAUCCUGUUUGGGUUCUGAAUCUCUUAAAUAAAAUAGAAAAGCAGUUUAUGACACAUUAUAUCACUGCAAUGGCUGAAUUUAAGGUACGUUGGAACUUAAAUGACAAUGAGCAGCUUGAUGCCAUGAUAUGUGAAUUAAGAGAUGAAGUCCAUAAAAGAAUACAAGCCAGCAUAAACAAUGAACUCAGAAAAUUUCAGGGUCAUACAGGAAGACCUAGACCACCAAAAGAAACCAUGUCACGUGAAUCAAGUAUUUUAACCGAACAAAGGCGCAGGCGUCUAAAAGUACAUCUCAACCAGUCCAUAGAUACAGGAUCAGGAAUACUGAUGAAUGAUUUAGGUAAUCAAGGAAAUGAUGAUGAAUACUGCCCAUGUGACACUUGCAUGAAAAAGAAAACGUCAUCAAAGCCUGCAUUAGCAAUGGAGGUCUUAAAUUUUGCUCCACAUGCUCCACUGAUGACAGACUUUGAUUUGAGAAAAAUUCUCAAUUUUAAAAGAAAAGCUCCCUCAAAUAGCAAAGAAAAUGUGAAGGAAACUGACAUUGAGGAUGCUUCUAAUACACAACCAAAUAAAUCUGAACAACAGAACAAUGAUCAGCCAAUGAGAGAGGGCAAUAAUACCUCUAGGGCUCUUGAACAAGAAAGCCCUAUAGUUGGUGGGGAGCUUGGGGACCAUGUGGAAUUAAGAAAUGGAACUAAUGCAGAUCCAACUACAGAAGAUGAAAAUGCUCAGAGUGGACUAGCAGAUAUGGUAACUGAAAUUAAAAUAACAGAGGCUGUGGAGGAAGUUUGUGAUGAACUGCCUGAGGGACAAGAGUCUGUGGAAGAUGAAACUGUAAGAGAAGAGCACACACUAGAAGCUGGAACUGCAAAAGAUAAUAUGGCAAUUGAGGUUGGUACAGUUGGAGAACAUGAAGUAACUGAAGGAGAAUCAACAGGGGGAAAAGGGACUGAAGUUCAAACAUCAGAUGCUGAAACAGGAGAUGAGACAGCUGAAGAUAAAACAUUAGACAAAAAAGAGUCAAUGGGAGAAAGUACAAGUGAAGACAAUGAGGCUGCAGAAGGGGACAUUUCUGAAUCUGAACCUGAGGAAGAAGGAGAAAUACCUGAUGAGGAAAAAGAGAAGCAUGAGGAUGCUAAAACUGAAACUACAUGGAAGAACAUGCUAGUGAAACCUGAUAUAGCAGUAGAGGCAGAAUCAACUAAAGGGGAUGCAGCUGGGAAAGAAGUAGCUACAAUUGCAACAGAGGAGCCAAAAAUAAAGUCUGAAAUAAUAGAGGAUGUAAAAGAAGCUGAACAUAAAUCAGAUGGAAUAAUGUAUCUAGAAGAUGGAACAGAUGAAGAAGAUGAUACUGCAGAGGCAGAGAAAAGUGAAAGUACAGAUAAUGAAGAAACAGAUGAGAAGAACGAGUCAGCUGAGGAAGAUGUAUCUAUAAAGAAAACAAGCAAAGAGAGUGGUGAAGAUGACUUAUUCGAUGAGGAAAUGAUCAGUGAACCUGAAGAAGAUGGAGAUAUAACUGAUCAUGAGUCUGCAGAAGAGGCUAAUCCAAUCAACAAUGAAUCAGAAAAAGGAGAAACAGACAAUGAUGAAUUAGAUGCUGAAGGAAAGACAACCAAAACUGAAACAGCAGCAGAUGAAGAACUAGCUGAUAAUGAAACAGCUGAAUAUAGAGAAAACUUUUAUGAUGGUGCAUUAGAUAGAACAGAGAUAAUUAAAGUCAAGACUGCAGAAAUUGGAGAAACAAAUAAUAAUGUAACAACCAAAGAUGGAGAGAUGUCUGUAGACAAAGUUGCAGAUGUUGGAGAAACGAGUGAAGCUAACGCAGCAGAAGACAAUGAUUAUGAAAGUGCAGAAGAUGCAGAAACAAGUAAAGCUCAAACAGCAGAAAAUACAUCAGAUGAUGAAACAGCAGAAAAUGGAGAAACACCUAAAGCUAAAAUCUCUGAAGAUGGAGAGGUAACUGAUGAUGAAAUUGCUAACGAUGCAGGAGCAGCUGAUGGAGUGACAGGUGACACUGAAACAGCAGAUGAUAGAGAUACAGAUGAUGAUGAAAUAUCAGAAAUUGAAGAAAUGUUUUGUAAUGAAACAGUAGAUAAUGGAGUCACAGCUAAAGCCAAGAAUAUGAAGCCACAUAAUAUGAAGAAAGCCACAGAAUAUGAAGAAACACAUGACGAUGGAACAUCAGAAGAUGGAGACUCUGCUGGAGCUGUAGUGGCAGAUAAUGAAGAGACAGCUGAAGCAACAGAAGAAAGCGAAAAUAAUAAUGAUGAUGAAAGCACAGAAGAGCCAGAGGGGGCUAAAACUAAAGUAGCAGAAGAGACAGUUGAUAGUGAAAUAAUUGAAGCUGGAGAAGCACAUACUAAAGCUUUAAAGCAGUUUGUUGGAGACAAAAUGAACAUUGACAAUGUACAGAAAACUGAAGGUGAACAAACAAAUGAUGAAAAUGCAAAUGAUGAAACUGCAGAAGAUACAGAGAUGGAUAGAAAUCAAAGUGAAGAAGAUGGUGAAACAGCUGAUGAUGAAGCAGACAUUGGAGAAAUAGCUGAUGAUGGAAGAGCAGAACAUGGAGAAACACCAAAUAACAAUACAGCUAAUGAUGGAACAGCAGAGAAGUAUGGCAUGGAAGAGGUUGAUGAGACAACUGAAGCUGAAACAGCAGAGGAUGGAGAAAAAGAUGAUGAUGGAAGAACAGACGGACAGAUAGGUGAUGAAGUAACUGAUGAUGAAGCAAUCACUGGAACUGAAAAUGAAGAGAAUGAAGAGACAGCUGAGGCUGAAACAGGAGAAGAUAUAGAAACAGCUGAUAAUGGAACAAUAGAAGAUGGAGAUACAGCUGAUGAGAGAAAAGCAGAAGAUGAAGAGCUUUCUGAAAAUGAAAUAGCACAGAAUGGAGAAAUUGCUAAAGGAAGAAUAGAAGUGUAUGACCAAACAGAUGAUAUUGAAAGUUUAGAAAAUGGAGAAACAGCUGGAGAAGUGAAUGGAGAAACACAUGAAAAAAACACUGAUGAAGCAGUCAUCAAUUCUCACAAUGUUAAAACAAAACAAAACUCAGAGAUGAUGAGUAUAAAUCAAGAUGCAGAGAUGUUGGAAAGUAACAGAUAUAAUGUAAAUAUCUAUUCGGUAAACAAUAGAGAGUCAGAUGAAGGAGGAGAUGAAGCUGAGGAUGAAACUGAACCUAUUGUUGAAACAGAUGAAAGAGCUUUUUAUCAAGGGCUAAAAAUUCCUGCUAUGCAGUCUACAAAAUGGUCACUGCAUAAAGAUGUCCAUGCUGAUGAAAGGACAAUAGCACCAUUUGAUUCUGCUGUGAAAAUGUACCCAGCUUCUGAGGAUGGGGAAGAUGCUGAUGGUGAAGAGUCAGAAACUGAAGUACACAACAAGGGUGGCAGUGUUGAAAAUGAGGAAGACGGUUAA